AUGUCAUCAUCCGACAGCGACUCAGAAGCCCCUGAGACUGUCUCACUCAAAACUGCAAAGCAAUCUUCCAAGGAGCAGUCCAGACGCGAGGCAGACCACGCAAAAGAACUUGCUCGUCUCAAAAGGGAGAAGAAUCAGGCUCGAGAUGCGCGAAUAAAAGCAGAGAAGCAGGCCGCUGCGUCUCUCAAGCCAAAAACAAAGCAAAAGGCUCCUGUCGUUUCCAAAUCAAGUCAAGAAGACGAAGAUGCAGAUGACGAGGAGCAGCGACGGCUGCUGGAGAGAAUGAACCGUGCAAUGAAAGAAGCUGAGGAAGACUCUGACGAGACCGUGGACGAGGAUUCAGAAGAGGGACAGCUCCACGAUGAUGUAGAAAUGGUCACGGAUGAGUCUGAGCUUUCAGAAGAGGAGAGUGGCUCAGAGGAACAAGACGCUGCCAACCCAGACUACCUUCCAGACCACUACUUUACCGAAGCGGUGACUUCACUUUCCGCACCUAGAGUAUCGAAAACAUCCUCGAAAAAGGCCGAGGGUUUGAAGCGAAAACGAAAGCAUAGGAAGAAUAAGGAGGAGCAUGUGGUUGGCUCGCGGACCAUACGGACAAUACAGUCUGCCACUCCUGCCGCUGCACGGGGACGAACAGCACCCUCGGCUAGAACAAGCAAGUUUCUACAAAAGCAACUCAAAGGAGAUGCGAAGAUCAAAGGAUGGGAGCGAAAGUCGGGUGAGUGA